AUGGGGCGAGCCGAUGGGGACGAAACGAGCGUGGCGGGUAAGACGUGCGUCGUCACCGGCGCGAGCCCCGGCGGAAUCGGCUUAGAGGUGGCGAGGGCCCUCGCGAGGGGCGGCGCGAGGGUCGUGCUCGCGUGCAGGUCUCGGUCCAAGGCGGCCGCGGCGGCUCGGGACAUCAUCGCAUCGACGGGCAACGACAACGUGGAGUGCCGAACGCUCGACCUCGCCAGCCUGGCGUCCGUUCGGGAGUUCGCGGACGGCUUCAACGGCCCGGAGGAGCUCGUGGACAUCCUGGUGAACAACGCCGGGGCCAUGUUCAAGGAGUACGGCGUCGCGGAGCAGGGCAGAGAGCGAACGUGGCAGGUCAACACGCUGGGUCCCACGUACCUGGCGAGGCUGAUGAUGCCCGCGCUGGCGCGCGCGGCGGCCGCCAACGGCAACGCCCCGGGCAGCGCGAGGUACGUGUACGUCACGUCCAAGCUCGAGCUCAAGGGCGUGGUCGCCGGGGAGCUGCGCAGCGGCGCGUCCGACCUUCGAAUGUUCAACGCCAUCGCCGACGUGACGAAAUUCGACACGUUCAAGCGGUACGCCACGGCGAAGCAGGCGGGAACCGCGCUCACGUUCGAGCUCGCGAGGCGCGUAAAGUCGGCACCCAAAUUUGCCGGGAUCGCCGUGCACUGCGUGUCCCCGGGGAUGGUCAACACCAACCUCGGGAGGUUCGCGGGCGCGGCGUUUGUGCUGGCGGCGCCGCUUCGCUGGGCGCUGACAAAGACGCGGGCGCAGGGAGCGGAGCCGGUGCUCUUCGCGUGCCGAUCGAACGCGCCGGAGGUGGCGAACGAAACGGGGGGGUACUUCGGCACGUCGUCGAGCUUCAAGAGCGGUCCGGUGGCGGGGCUGGAGGCGAGCGAGACGGCGAGGGACCCGGGCGUGGGCGCGAGGCUGUGGGCCAUCGCCGAGGCUCAGCACGGCGCGUGCGGAGAGUGGGACCGAUCGUGACGAACGGCGACGACGCCUGGCUGGCUAGGAUGCGAUGAAACACGUCGACUUGCUUGUAAUUGAACAGGUGCGUAUACUCA